GCCUCGGGAGGCUCCUGGGAUGACAGCUUAGACCUAGGGGUUGCGGCAGAUUUUUCUGGCUGCCCGGCAUACGAGGGGAGCUGCCGCCCUGCCCGAUCCCGGCUGCGCCCUGCUGUGUUUGCUCGGGGAGUGGCAUCCUGGCUGGUGCGGACAGGUGCUAGGGAGCGUCUGGGGACCCCCCCCCCGCGGGCCCCAAGGAACAAAAGCCUUCGGGCAGGAGCUGCCCCAGGAUUUGCGCUCAGGUCCAGAGUGCCUGGUCCGGGGGACGAUGUUGCACUUGGAUGUCCACAGCCUCCGAAGGCGCCUGUGGCUCGGAGAAGCAAGCGUGCGUGUCUUACCGCCGUGGCACAAGAGGCCGAGCAGGCAACAAAGUUUAGUGUUUGAGCGUGGACACUAGAGUCGGAUGUUCUGGAGAGUAUGAUCGCCUGGCGCGCCCCGCUUGGGCGCAGGCACUGUCUACCUUGGCCUCCCAAUCUCCCUGGCAAGUAGAGGGAAGAGGCUUUCAGGCAAGGAUGCCUAGGCUUGAGCCCCCUUCCCCUAGUUGAAGAGCCUUGUCAGAGAACUUGGAUGAAACCGAGCAACUUUGCAGCUCUCCCUGAGCUUGGAGUCUGGAAUGCGGGUUCUGGGGCUGUUAGGGGAAGGAGCCAAAACAAAGGUCGCUGGGGAAACUCCUUUGCGUAGAUGUUAAUGAGCCCUGGGUAUCUGGUCUUAAAAAGGAAAUGUAGCUUUGUUGUCUCUGGGCUGGCUGUGGGCCUGGGCCCUGCUAGCCUGAGUGCCUCCUCCUGGCGCUGAAGCUGGAGGUCCCUGAGGAAGAAGUUGUUUCAAAGACACUUUAAGGCAGUUUGGUGUCUUGUCCUAACAGCAACACAGGUCACCGCUCUGGAACGGCAGGUGUUUGACUUCCUGGGCUACCAGUGGGCACCCAUCCUGGCCAACUUCAUGCACAUCGUCGUGGUCAUCUUGGGGCUCUUCGGCACCAUUCAGUAUCGGCCACGCUACAUCGUGGUGUAUGCUGUGUGGGCAGCUGUGUGGGUUACCUGGAACGUCUUCAUUAUCUGCUUCUACCUGGAAGUGGGGGGCCUCUCAAAGGACAGGGGGCUCUUGACCUUCAAUCUCUCCCGGCAUCGCUCCUGGUGGGAAGAGCACGGGCCAGGCUGUCUUCGCGAAGAUGCAGCCACAGCUGGUCUCGGGGUGCUGCAUGGCCAGUCCCUGGUGGUGGGUGCUGGCUGUGCCAUGGUGCACAGCUACGUGGAAGCUCUGCACAGUGGCCUGCAGAUCUUGCUGGCGCUCCUGGGUCUCGUCUAUGGCUGCUACGUGGUCAGUGUGCUCACGGAAGAAGAGGACAGCUUUGAUUUCAUUGGUGGAUUUGACCCAUUCCCCCUGUACCAUGUCAAUGAAAAGCCGUCCAGCCUCUUGUCCAAGCAGGCAUAUUUGCCUUCAUAAGUGAGGAAGUGGCUGACCCUGCUCUUGCAACCCAGCCUCAGCCACAGAAACAAUGAGGAGACUCCAGGCCUGGAGUCACAGCCCUGCUUCCCUGCCUGCCUAGCAUAUUUUCAUGUUCACCUUGGAUACCAGUGAGGGGUGGGGGACUCUGCAGGCCAGGGUGGCUGAAACUGUGAAUUUGUAAUUUCUUUUUUU